UUCCAAGUAGUGCCAUCUCUACCGGAAAUACCGUAUGACCAGCCGGUUCAAGGCUCACAACUUGCGAAGAGAAUACUCAAAGUAGGUGAAGUCCGUUAUCGAAAGGAUGACCUCACUCCUUCCGGUAGGACAACUCGAGUCUCUUGGUUUACCGGGACAAAGCUACGACCUAUGUCUUACACCAUCAAUUCUGAAUGUUCUCAAUCGAAAUGGCACAAAGUUAUUGCCAGAUGCAGAAGUGGUAUUUUCUGAAACAGGUGGUUUUCUAGAUUACAAGAACGAUGGUAAUUUAUGGUCGCCUUCGGCUUUGGUAUUUUAUGAUCCAACCGCAAAUGCUUCACCUGCAGUAGAACUUGCUUCUGCUCAAGAAUCUUUUUUUUCUCCUCAGAGCAUACAGAAUGCAUUCGGAGCCAGUUUUAUCAUCCGCUACGACUACUACUACCUUGAAACUUCAUCUACGCAAGACCCUCUGGGAAAUACCCUAACCGGCAACCUGGACUAUCGAACGCUGAGACUUCAAAAAAUCACAGACGAGAAUGGCAAUAUCUCCCAGGUAGCCUUUGACGCUCUUGGAGGAGCAGUCGGUGUGGCAGUUAUGGGUAAACAAGGAGAGAAUAGAGGCGAUACCCUUGACGGCUUUCGUCCCAAUCUGACCAACGAUGAACUUGAUCAAUACUUUGCCGACCCAACUGCAACAGGCAAGACUUUGUUAGCUGGAGCAACUUCCCGCGUCAUCUACGACGUCAAUUCAUUUUACAGACGUGGACCAAGUGUCGGUAUGCGGUCAUCACACGUCGUUCGUGAGGCCCAUUUACACGACCCUGCUGGUAAAGCCAUCAGAAUCCAAGUCUCAAUUCAAUUUAUGGACGGCAACGGUCAAAGCAUCCAAGAAAAGGCAUCGGCAGAACCGGAUCCAGCAAAUCCAGGUAAUGCGUCGCACAGGUGGCGAUGCUCAGGCUGGGUCGCCCUCAACAACAAGGCUUUACCUGUGCAGGUGUUUGAGCCCUUUUACACCUCCUCUGCUGCUCUGGAACUGAACGCUAUUGCGGGAAACAGCACAAUUGAGGUGUACGAUGCUGGUCUGGGGGCAUGGAAAAGUGAAAGUUGGGAUGCGAACGACACCGUUCUCUCGAGCCCUGAUGAAGACCCAGAUAUUGCACCUUUGAUCAAGUCCCUCCCGACCUCCCGCUAUUUGCCAACGUGGUACGAACAGAGAGACACUAGACUUCUCGGCGCUGAGGAACAGGCUGCCGCUAAGAAGGCGGCAUUGUGCAAUAACACUCCGACAGUGUCUCAUAUGGACUCGAUGGACAAUGCCUUCCUGGAAGUGAGGAUGAACGAGGGUGGCGAAACUACGUCGACACGGAGUUUAUACGACAUUGAAGGCAAGGUUUUCAGGUUAGUUGACGCUCAGGGCCGGAUUGUUAGUGAGAGCAUCUUUGAGAUGAGUGGGCUUGAACUCAAUUCCAAAUCCAUGGACUUCGGCCCCCGCUACCGUGUUCGUUUCGGUUAUGAUAUUCUUCGGCGUGUCACGAAACGGUACAUCCUAAAUUCUGACGAAAGAGUGUCUGAGUAUCUCGACGCCAAGGUUGUUUACAGAGAAGAAAGCCAGCAGCCAGAUCCAGAAUUUCGCAAUUUUCGUAAGAAAGAAUAUCAAGUGUUUGAUCAAGCUGGUACGGUGACCAACCUUGAAUUCUAUUUCAAGGGCAACCUACUCCGGGAACAGCGUCAAUUUGCCAAGGACUACAAAUCCAAUCUCGACUGGUCUGAUGACACAAACAUUGAAUCAGAACCCGAUAUUUAUCUGAAUUCGACCACGUACGACGCGCUGAAUCGUAUUGUUACGACCACGACUCCAGAUCUUAGCACUCUCAGAACCACUUUUCUUCCGGGCAGUGGUCUGCUAGGUGCCAUUGACGUCAAUCUCAUUGGUGAACAACAAGGGACGAACACAGUAUGGACAAAUUUCGUCACGAGUGAUGAAUACGACGCAUACAGUCGAAGAAUCGUUCGACUGAAUGGCAACCCAGUGCAAAUCACCGACACUUAUGAUCCUCAAACCCAGAAUGUGACGAGAUCACAGGUACGAAGUUUGGCAGCAGGGGUAGAGGUCUAUCAGGACAAUGCGUACACGUACGAUCCCGUUGGGAAUACCACCUACGUUGCGGAUGCAGCCCAUCCACCUACAUUUCUCCGCUCUGGCCCUGUUGACGCUCACCUGGAAUUCACCUACGAUGCGUUGUAUCGACUUACUGAGUCGACAGGACGAGAGCACGUGGGCCAGACUAGAGGCAAUCCUCCUGGUCCUCCUUCUUCGCCAAAUCUUGGGCCUGACGCCAACACAGACGAUAACGCUUUAGCAAAAUAUACAGAGAGCUAUUCUUAUGACACGUGUGACAACUUGAUAUCUGUUCGACAUCAAAUUGGCGACCCUCACUAUCCAGGUUGGAAGCGGACGUGUCAGUACAACAAUCCAAGUGCCCUCAGAGAUGGAAGGUCUACCGCCAAAGGUAACAGACUUAGUUCUUCGACCGUCGGGAACAGGAGCGAGAACUAUAGGUUUGACAACCAUGGCAACAUGGUCUCAACGUCUUUUUCUAAUCUGUCUCAAAUGACGUGGGACUGUUUUAACCGACUGCGCAGCUCGUCACGUCAAUUGCUUGCGGUUGGCAACUCCGAGACCACUUGGUACGUUUACGACCUCGACGGCAACCGGGUUCGGAAAGUCACCGAACGUGCCUCUCAGCGUGGUGCUGCCAGUCGCAAGCUGAAUGAGCAGUGA